CUGGUCAGGGGAGGGCAGUGGCGGGAAGGUCGGUCUGAGCCUCCGCCCGGGUGACGUGGCGCCCAUUCACCGCUUCCUCGUCCGCCCGCCACGUUGGCGUCCGCCCGCUGCUCAGCCACCCCCCGCGCGUCUGCAGCGGAGGCCGUGGAAUCUCUGACACCGAUGUCACCGAGGAGACCCGGAGCUGUGGCAUACCGUUUCUUAUGACUUUACUCUCACAACUUUAAAGGGUGGAGAAGCCCUUUCUAAAAACACAACAGAAAAUGAACAAGUUCAAGAGGACCCAUGUUUGAUUCCCAGCAGCUACGUGGUGUCUCAAAGUCAUCUGUAACUCCAGUUCCAAAGGAUUCGAUGCCCUCUUCUGACUUCCACAGGGACCAGUGACACUAAGGGAUGUUACUGUGGAAUUCACCAAGGCAGAAUGGGAGUUGCUGACCCCUGCCCAGAAGUCUCUUUACAAGAAUGUGAUGCUGGAGAACUACCGUCAUCUGCUUGCUGUGGGUUACCGUGUGGUUAAGCGGAGUGUGAUUUCCAAGUUGAAGCAAGGAAAAGAGCCAUGGGUAUCAGAAAGAGAACUUCCAAAUCAGAGACGUGAUGACAAACAACAGAAUGUUUCCGACCCCAAGACCAAACACCGGGAACGUCAGGCUGGAAAUGCAAGGAAAGGAGAACUCGGCAAACGUCGCAAAACUCCCACCCAGUAUGAAAGCUAUGACUGUAGUGAAUGUGGAAAAUCCUUCUGUCAGAAGUCUUCCCUCACCGUGCACCAGGAAACACAUACCAAGAAGUCCCACAGGUGUGAGAAAUGUGGGCAAUCUUUCUAUACAAACGAAGAGCUUACAAUACAUCAGAAAGUUCACACCAGAGAAAAAACCUACCCAUGUAAAGAGUGUAACAAAAUUUUCUACCACCUGUCAUCCCUCACUAGGCAUCUGAGAAUCCAUGCAGGGGAAAAACCCUACGAAUGUAGCCAGUGUGAUAAAUCAUUCUAUCAGAAGCCACACCUCACGGAACAUCAGAAAACACACACAGGGGAGAAACCUUUUGAGUGUAAAGAGUGUGGGAAAUUCUUCUAUGUGAAGGCAUACCUCCUGGUGCAUCAAAAGACACACACAGGGGAGAAACCUUUUGAGUGUAAGGAAUGUGGGAAAUUCUUUUCUCAAAAGUCACACCUCACGGUCCACCAGAGAACACACACAGGGGAGAAACCCUAUAAAUGUAAGGAAUGUGGGAAACUCUUCUCUAGGAAUUCGCACCUUAAAACCCACCAGAGAACCCACACGGGAGAGAAACCCUACAAAUGUAAGGAAUGUGGAAAUUGCUUCUACCAGAAGUCAGCCCUCACUGUCCACCAGAGAACCCAUACUGGGGAGAAACCCUUCAAAUGUAGUAAGUGUGGGAAAACCUUUUACUAUAAAUCAGACCUCACCAAACAUGAGAGAAAACAUACUGGGGAGAAGCCCUAUGAAUGUACAGAGUGUGGCAAGUCUUUCUCUGUGAACUCGGUCCUCAGAUUACAUGAAAGGACUCACACGGGAGAAAAGCCCUAUGAGUGUGACAUAUGUAGGAAAUCCUUUUCCCAGAAGUCACAUUUUGUCAUACAUCAGAGAAAGCAUACGGGGGAGAAGCCCUAUGAGUGCCAGGAGUGUGGGGACAACUUUAUUCAGAGGUCACAACUCAAUGCGCAUCAGAAGACACACGCCAAGAAGGGGAGAAGUAACAAAUAGCACGAGUUCAGGGUCCCUUGACAUAGUUCAUUCUUCUGAUGCAAUCCACACAGAAGGAGACCCUUCUGAGUGUCGAGAAAAACGUUGUUGGCCAUGUUUUUCCCUUAUAGAAUUAUCAGCACAUGUACAGAAGGAAAUUUUGUGAUGCUAUUAGGAAGAACUUUACAAUAUGGUCAGCUUUUGUAAAUAUCAGGUGGCAUAAACUGUGAAAACUGUAAAACAUGAAAGAUAACAUGGGGCAGAAAUCCUGUAAGUGAAUGUCCAGAAGGUUCUGUCAUAGCAUUUAGCACCACCAUCCAAAGUCCACAGUGAGGACCUCCCAGGGGUAUCCAAGCACUCAAAAGCCUCUUCAUACACUUGCACUUGUCUUAAAAAGAUUGAGGGGAAUUAGUGUACAUAUUGCAACGGAUAUGGAAGCCUUAUUAAGAAAACGUCCAUCACUGAAUGUUAAUUAUAUUAAUACUUUAAUCAUACCUAUGUAGGCAUUUUCAAUAUUUGAAAUAUUUUUUUAAAAAAUUAAAGGAAUUUAUUUUGAAGGCAGCAGUCACAUUGUAAGUCAUGUUGCUAGUUCCAAGAUUGAUUUUCCUUCCUAAAGAAGCAAGGAACAAAACCAGAAACCAACAAAUAUCACACAUAUCAAACUAUUUAAAGAACAAAAAUAAUCAGGAAACACCAUUAAAAAAGAAGUGUUUUUGAUAUGUAGGAUGUAGGUGUGUCUGUGGGUAUCUACAAAACAAAUUUGUAAGUGUGUGACUUGCACGUGGAAGCCAUCUGUCAUUGUGUCUGAGUUCAAUAGCUGUAAUGUGUGAGAACACUUGUGCCCGCCUGUCACUUCAACAGUGAUUUCCACUGAUAGUGUUGUUACUGUAACAUAUGUUGCUGUAUACUUUAAAAGCAUAGAGUAUCUUUUCAUCUACUUCCUGGCACUUACAAAUGGGUUCAGACAUUGUUACUAAAUGGACCCUUCAAAAGAAACCUAAAUGUUUUUGUAAUUUUAUCAGCAAUAUCAUCAUCAGCUGAAUUUUGGGUUGGAGAUGGAUUUGUAGCAGUCUAAACUCCUUCUAAAGCAGCAGUACUUACUUAUCUUACUGUGGAUGUUGUGUAGCAGUGGUAUCUGUUUGUAUUUUGUAUGAAAAAUACCUCAUGAUUUUCCCUUCCUUUUCUGGGUAGCGGGAGGCAACAUGGCCAGUGGCUAAAAGUGAGAUUCUAGGCUCUUAUUUUACUAUCUUGACCCAGACCCCAGCAUGGGCGUGUCAUGAAACUUCACUGUGCCUCAGUUUCCCUUCCUGUGAGAGCAAUGAUAGGGGCAUCCUAAAAUUGCCUUGAGGUUGCCAUAGAUUGAUAUUUUAAAACACUUAGAACAGUGUCUGUAAUACAUAAAAACUUGACAUUA